CUUUAGGCGCUCGUGCUCCGACUAUGCGGCGCGCGUAACGUCUUCGCCUUAUUCCAUCUGGCUGACCAAGCCCUACGCUGUGGCUGUGAGACGUCGUAGCCCGAGAAGAAGUGAGCUGCCGUGCCGCAAGUUGACGCGAACCGGUGAGCCGGGUCGUCGUGAGGUUCAAGUUCCCCGCGAUCCACGUCGGCGGGGCCAGCUGGCCACCGGCCGGCACGCGGCCGUUCGAACACGAGCCCAGGAGGCGGCGCUGCUGCGAGUGCUGUGUGCCGCUGCGCGGUCGUUGGCGAGCUCCUGCUGCGGUCCUCCCGCCGACGACAGACCAGAGACUGCCGCCGGUCGCCGACCCGCUGGACCCUGAGCGGGACCGCACCGACCUGCGAGGCUGGAGCACAGUGGGCACCGGGCCGCACCCGGCGACGAAGCAUGGGCGCCUGAGGCUGCUGCUGCCGCUUCCACCGCUGCUGCCUCGAUGGUGUCCGAGCUGCCCGAGGUGACGCCGCCGGAGAACCUGUCCGAGAACAGCGCCGACUCCAAGGUGCAGUCGUGCAGCAAUGGCGACAUCUGCCGCAUCUGCUUCUGCGGCGUCAGCACAGAGUCACUGCUGGCGCCAUGCAAGUGCAAAGGCUCGCUGGCCAAGGUGCACAAGACCUGCCUGGAGACGUGGCUGGGGAACCAGGCGAUCGACCAGUGCGAAAUCUGCAAGUACCACUACAUGACGGCGCGACGACCAAAGGGCUUCCACGAGUGGCUCAUGAACUCGAGCACGCGCGAGGACAAGCAGAACCUGGUGGGCGACAUGGUGGCGCUGCUGCUGCUCACGCCGCUGGUGGUGUUCUCCCUGUGGCUCUGCACCGAGGGCGCCAUCCAGUUCAGCCACGAGGGCUUCCCCACCUGGGAGAGCGCAGGACUCGUCUUCAUCACCAUCGUGCUCUUCGUCGUCUUCUGCGUCUGGGUCACCCUGCUCUACAGGUACCACUACACGAUCUGGAAGCAGUGGCGGUCGCACAAUUUCCACGUCAACCUGCUGGUGAAGACGAACGCGUCCAUGGGCGACGAGCUGCCCGCGGCAGCCAUGGCGCAAGUGGCGGAGCCAGAGGCCCUACCCAACGGCGACAUCGACGACGGCCUCAGCGCCGUGGUGGUGGAGGAGCCGCCGGAGCUGGACGCCGCCGAGGAAGCCGUGCCGGACAAGGUCGAGUCCCCCUGCACGCCGUCCAAGGAGUCGCCGCCGAAGUCCACCAGCAGCACGCUCAUCAUCUACACGCCCGCCGUCUGAUGAGCGCAGCACAGAGCCCACCGCAAACGUCUGCCACCCCAGGGCGUGGUAGCGUUCAGAGCUUGUCACCAGGGGCAGCGCUGUCUUCACCACCGCCGCCCACCGCUGUCGUACAUACACCACACACCACCACCACCACCACCACCGCUGCGGACAUCCGGGGAUCCUGGGUCGUUAGGGGAGGGAGGGAGGGAAAGGGUGCGAUAGUGAAAAUUACCACUGCCGUCCACGCAGGCACUUGGUUUUGGGUAAUGCGCGAGUGAAAAAGAAUAAAGAUGUGUACGUGUUGGCCCACCUUGUGCACCGAACCACCGCAGAGGAACCGCGUCGCCCUCGCGGAAGUGCUACUGGGCCGGUCA